UUCAUUCCUGGUGUCAUUCCGCGCAUUCCGAGCAUCACAUUCCCGGCUGGCCCUCAAACACGAGAAUAACUUUACACAGUUCUCAAAAACUACACCAACCCAACUUAGGGAUACAUAAGGGAACGGUAUAUAACAUAUAGCAAUCACGGACGUGUUUGAGUUGGCACGACCGGGAGUUGCAGAUUUGAGGGGUACAUUUGCGGAGCUGAGAGAAAAUAUAGGGCAGGGAGACUUGUUGCUCGAACAUAUUUGUUCAUAUUUUCCCAUCCUCCUCAUUUGAAAUAUUCACCGCCGGGGCUGGUGGUGUGUAGCGCGGUGAGCGGAGCGUUGCCAUGGAGCCCAGCAGCUGGAGCGGAAGUGAGGGCCAGGAGGAGGACCUGGAGCGUCUGAGCGACUCGGCCGACAAGCCCACAGACGGCGACGCCGAGGGCGUGUGGUCGCCCGACAUCGAGCAGAGCUUCCAGGAGGCUCUCGCCAUCUACCCGCCCUGCGGACGCCGCAAGAUCAUCCUCUCCGACGAGGGCAAGAUGUACGGGCGGAAUGAGCUGAUAGCCAGAUACAUCAAACUGAGGACCGGCAAGACGAGGACGAGGAAACAGGUCUCUAGUCACAUCCAGGUCUUAGCCAGAAAGAAAGUGCGGGAGAUCCAGACUGCCAUCAAGGUCUCUAGUCACAUUCAGGUGCUUGCCCGGCGGAAAUCCCGCGAGUUUCACACCAAGCUCAAGGUGACCAGUAUGGACCAGGCGGUGAAGGAUAAGGCACUGCAGAGUAUGGCCUCCAUGUCCUCUGCUCAGAUCGUCUCGGCAACCGCCAUCCACAACAAACUGGGCCUACCAGGAAUACCACGCCCUGCAUUCCCUGCAGCCGCUGGGCUUUGGCAGGGCAUGAUCUCCGCUGGACAGGCAGGAUCAUCACAAGAUAUUAAGCCAUUUGCUCAGCAGGCGUAUCCUAUCCAACCUGCGGUAACCACGGCAAUCUCCAGUUAUGAGGCUGCCACAGCGCCACCUAGUGCACCAGCCUGGCAGGGCCGCUCCAUUGGCACCACAAAGCUCCGCCUCAUCGAGUUCUCCGCCUUCCUGGAACACCAGAGAGACCCUGACUCUUACAACAAGCACCUGUUUGUGCACAUCAGUCAGACGAACCACUCGCACAGCGACGCGCUGAUGGAGUCUGUGGACAUCCGCCAGAUCUACGACAAGUUCCCCGAGAAGAAGGGGGGGCUCAAGGAGCUCUUCAGCAGGGGCCCCCACAACGCCUUCUUCCUCAUCAAGUUCUGGGCGGACCUGAACUGCAACAUCCAGGAUGAGAGUGGUGCUUUCUAUGGCGUGACCAGUCAGUACGAGAGCCCAGAGAACAUGACCAUCACCUGCUCCACUAAGGUCUGCUCCUUCGGCAAACAGGUGGUAGAGAAAGUAGAGACGGAGUAUGCACGCUUUGAGAACGGGCGUUUCCUGUACCGCAUCAGUCGCUCUCCCAUGUGUGAGUACAUGAUCAACUUCAUCCACAAGCUCAAGCACCUGCCUGAACGAUACAUGAUGAACAGCGUGCUGGAGAACUUCACCAUCCUGCUGGUGGUGACCAACAGGGAGACCCAGGAGACUCUGCUGUGUAUGGCGUGUGUGUUUGAGGUGUCCAACAGCGAGCACGGCGCCCAACACACCAUCUACCGCCUCGUCAAAGAGUGACACACACACACACACACACUCACACACUCACUCUCCCCACUCUCAGCUGCAUCCCUAUUGGCUGAGAGCUCUGACAGAAGUGGCAGUGCCUCUAGCUCCUCCCCCCAGUGCUUGUCUCUGGUGAUUGGGAGAAAUUGUGUCUUAUUCUUCUGCUUUUUUUUGUUUGUUUGUUUGUUUCUUUGUUUUGUGUAAAUAGUGUGUUGUUGACUGCAGCUGUGAUGCGGUACUCUUGUCUGAUGUUGUCAUGAUGUGGGAGUGGUCUCUGAAUUAUGUACAUAUGACAUCAGAUGGGGGAGGGGCUCAGCGUGGUCACAUGACUCGUGCCCAGUUCCCGCCAAAAUAACUAUAAAAAAAACACACACACACACUGCCGUACUACACAGGUCAAACACACGCUUGUGCUGACCUCCCCAAAAUGUUAAAGUGUGUGUGUAUGGCACAGAUGUGCGUAACUCUGCAUCCGGCUUUGACUUGACUGCCCCAAACCUGCUGAGCCCCUCUUCUGAUUGGUCUGUGCCUUUAGGAUGCCGGGACCAGGCGUGUUUUCCACCAAUAGGAAGCAAGCGUGCCGUCCGGCCUUAAUGACUGCUGAAAGACAUGACCUGUUGAUACCCUAUCAGAAUAUACCUGACACACACAACUCCUAUGGAACUCUAAUGUAUACAAUCAUACAGACGCAACUUAUCAGAAUAUACCUGACACACACCACUCCUAUAGAAAUCUAAUGUAUACAAUCAUACAGACGCAAGGACACUAGCCUACUCCCCAUGGAAUGGGCACACUGCCCACUAUGUGCGUGUUUGUGCUGUCCUGAAUGUAUGUGUGUGUGGAUUUGUGUGUGUGUGUGGAUUUGUGUGUGUGUGUGUGUGUGUGUGUGUGUGUGUGUAUUUCUAUAAUCGCAUCCCUUUUUCCAAAGAGAUUCAUUGAAAAAGCUGAAGUCUUUUUGACCCAGGGCUAGAGUAAGGCAGAUAUGUGUGUGUGUGUGUGUGUGUGUGUGU